GCCACUGAUUCCGCCUCUGGCUCUCCUCUCGAGCGACUUUAUCUUACAGGGCUGUGCAGACGACCAAACUCGUGUCUGUUGCAGAUCAGUUCCGCGACUCUCAAGCAACUUCCGAUCCCAAUCACGAUGGCCCCUCCUACUGGUCCUCGCGGCGGCAGCAAUAAUCGCAAGCCAACAGCUCGAGCUUCCCGUGGCGGAGUCGCUAAACAUCGAGCUGCCACCAGAACCGAUCGUGAUGGAGAUGUUUCCAUGGGCGCGCCGAUCUCAGGUUCCAAUCCACCAACUGGACCGUCCGGCAGGGGAACUCGCGGCAGAGGAGCUGCGAGAGGAGCGCCUGCGAGGGGUUCUAGAACAUCUUCGCGUCUGGCUCAGAACCUCAAGAACUACAUCGGCGAAGGUGGAUCCAAGCACGCCAAAACCACCCUCAAGAUCCUGGGUGUCAAGAAUAGCAAGGCCGCGUCGAAUUCCGAUGGCGGUGUCAAGGGACUUCUCCAAUUCAUUGAGCGCAAGGCUGAUAAGGAUAAGAAGAUCGUCUUGGGAAGAGGUGUGCUAGAUGGCGACUACGUCUGGGUCAAAGCCAACAAGGACGACGUGUCUAGCAUUAUGCACCUCAACGGGUACCAGUACGCCGGUGCUCCCAUCACCAUCGAGGAAACCACUGAGCCAUUCCCUACUGGCACCAAGUUCUCAAAAGACGCUGCAGACACCCGACAGAAGCUUCUUGCGUUGUUGGCGAAGCGAUACAAUGCUGAGCAGAAACUUCUUGAUCUGUCAGCGCUCGGAACAGACGACAUCCUUGGAAAUCUCGGCGCAGUCGGUUCCCAAUCACUAGCUGAAAAGUCGUUCAGGGCCAUCAUUCAUGUCGCUGGCGAGCAAUUCAAGACCGCUGAGGAGAAAAGGCAAGGCAUCCAGUCAGUUUCCCUUGCUCGUAACGAGAUCUCGGACGUCGACCAGGUGUUUACACUAGCCUAUUCGCUGCCACACUUGCGUCGGCUCGACCUAAGCAACAAUCGGCUCGCGACCUUCUCUUCAAUUGCCAAAUGGAAGCAGGAGUUCCGUUAUCUAGAAGAGCUUUACCUGGUCGGAAACCCUGUCACCGGCGUUGCCGAUUACGCCGUGCAGAUCACCCAAUGGUUCCCUUGCCUGCAAAUCCUGGAUGGAAACAUUGUCCGGAGUCCGCAGGAGGCUGCUGAGGCCUUGAAGGCGAUGACUCCACAGCCGUUGGCCCAGCUGCCCUCUAAUCUCCGCGACGGCGAGAACAACGUUGCCAGCAUCUUUCUGCGGUCCUUCUUCCAGCUUUACGACCACGACCGACCGGCCUUGGCUGCGCAAUUUUACGAUGCCGAGUCCGUGGCCUCGCUCUCUGCCACACCUGAACCCGGCCGUGACGUUGAGUGGAAACCCUACAUGAAAUACUCCCGAAACAUUCAAAAGCUUGGAGGGAGCCGAAACCCAGCAGUCGUCCAGCGUCUCUUCACCGGCGCCUCGCUCAUUGCAGAGAUGUGGAAGUCGCUGCCGGCCACUCGUCAUGCCACUCUGGACCAGCCCGAACUGUGGAUUAUCGACUGCCAUACGUUCCCCCACUUGGCGGACCCCUCGGGACACGGCUUCGCGAUGGGCUUGAUGAUUAACGUCCACGGGCAAUUUGAAGAAGCUGAUACGACCGAGGAGCUUUAUGGCACUCGUACCUUUUCCCGCUCUUUCAUCCUCGGGCCCAGCAAACCAGGCGCCCCUCACCCCUACCGGGUUCUCAGUGACCAGCUCACUAUCCACAAAUGGACGCCGCGGGCUGCCGGAGCCGCUUCUGUUCCAGUAACCACCGGUGCCCCCGCUGCGCCUAUUGCUCCCGUCGCUCCGGUCGUGGCUGCGGUGCCUGUCAUCGACGAUGCCACCAGGGUCCAGCUUAUCCAAGAGCUGGCGAGGCGCACCGGCAUGAACGCCCAGUAUUCGGAGCUUUGUCUGUCCGGCACAGCCAAUUGGAACUUUGAUCUUGCUCUCCAGUCUUUUGAGGAGCAACGGGCCAAUUUGCCACCUGCUGCCUUCACCGCGCCUGCUUAG